AUGGUCACUUCUCAGAUAUCAGAGGAGGGUCGAGGUGUUGCUGGGAUUUCCAACAUGUUGACAAUCAGUAGAAUCCACAAUGCUUUGUCAUCAGCCUCUGGGAUGAGAAGAAUUUUGAGUAUGGCUCGGGAUUAUUCCACUAGGAGGACAGCCUUUGGAGAUUAUCUUAAGAACUACCCCCUCCACGUUCAGACUCUGGCCCGGAUGGAGGUGGAGGUGCGGGCGGCCACUCUACUCGUGCUGGAGGUCGCUCGACUACUGGGGAGGGAGGAUACUGGAAUAGCCAGUGAUCAGGAGGCUCUUAUAUUAAGAUUACUUACUCCUCUAGCCAAAUUAUACAUUGCUAAACAGGCAAUGUUUGUGGUUUUUGGAGGUCUGGAGUGUUUUGGAGGUCAAGGUUACAUAGAGGACACAGGACUGCCAGGAUUACAGGUGCUGACAAUCUGGGAGGGGACGACCAACAUCCUGUCUCUAGACGUACUGAGAGCCAUCACAAAGUCACGGGGGGAGGUGCUGGUCGCCUUCCAUGAGGAUGUCAUCUCCAAGGUUACCAAGGUCAGCAGGGUCCAGGAGUUAAAGGAUCAAGGUCACAGAGUUAAGGAGGCAACCUUACAGGUCAUGAACUUUGUACAGAAAAACCCAGAUAAAUUAAACAUGGCUGCCAGGGAUCUAGCCUACAGUCUGACCAGGAUAUACAUGGGUGCUCUUCUCCUUGACCAUGCAGUAGAGUGUGGUUUGACACAGACAGACACACAGACAGCCCGGCAGUGGUGUGAGAAAGACUUGACCCUGGUGGUGACCAAUCACAAACUCGGCCAUUAUAAUAGUAGUGAGGACGAUCUCUCUCUGGUGUAUCAACAUUACAAGGCAUAAUUGCGGACACUUAGCCACUUGUGUGAUAUGAAAAAAUAAAAAAACUUAAACUUUAAGAUGUACUCAGGAAAUCCCUUAAAAUUACAUUGAAUUGACAGUGUGUUUAUUUUCAGAUGGAAAACAGGUGAGCAGUUAAACAGUUCAAAAGUGAUUACUGGAGUUAUCUUAUUACAUAUAUUCAAUUUUUUUGGAAUUGCAUUAUUUAUCCAGAAUUGCAUAUUUUUCAU